UUGCUGGAUCCAUCCUGAGAGAGAGAACUGGAUCCAUCUUGAGAGAGAGAGAUGUUUGGAAGAGUGAGAGCUGCUGCUUCUGAUUCACUGGACAGUUUGGAAUUAGAGAGACCAUUUUCUUCAAAGAUUAUCAAAGAUGAUUCUCUCUCUAUCUACGAGAUCACUCUUCAAAAGCUUAGACUUGGUUCUCGAAGAGCUUUGAUCCCAUCAGCCUCUACAGACACUUUAAAUGCAUCUACCACAGAAGCCAUGAGGAUAGAAAUUCCUCCUGCAUCCUUGGCAGACACUUUAAACGCAUCUUCCACAGAAUCUAUGAAGAUAGACGCUCCUCCUUCUUCAAGUUCUGGUAUUGGCGAAUCCAUCCACAUCUGCGAAAAACAAAUGGUGGAUAAUUCAUGUACUUCUCUUUCAGAAUCCAAAUGUAAAAAAGGCCUUUGGACUCUUCAUGACUUCGGUGUAGUGAGUGGUAACCUUGAGUUUCAACCAGUUGGACAGAAGGUAUGAUCUUUUGUAUGUAAUAUUAUUGUUGUAAACUGCAAUACAGGUAAACUAUUGCUUAUUGUAAAAGAUGUGGGAGUUUCUAAUGGUUUCAUAAAAAUUAUUGGCA